AUGGCCCAGCUCACCACCAAUCCAGCCAAUGGCCAUGCCGUCCCCGUCCCGGGACGCUCUGCACUGCCAGACCGCUCCGUCACUGCCGAGACGAUUGAGGAUGCUUAUGUCGCCUUUAUCUUCUACUGCAACCCUGCCUUGCCGGCAGAUUGCGACACCGAGACCCUGCGCGAGGCCUUUCGCAACCCGCCUCGGAGCGGCGGCAAAGUCUUUGACCCCUUUGCCAUUUAUGAGCUCGUGCGCAGAUUUUACAGCAAAGAAAUCAAGACUUGGACCGAGCUGACCACGAAGCUCGGUGUCGAGCCUCCUGACCCUUCCAAGGAGGAGAGUGUUCAAAAAAUUGCUCAAUAUGGUGUUCGCCUCAAGAAAUGGCUACAUUCAAUGCACGUAAAGGCCUUUUUUGAGUACCUCAUGGAAAUGGCCAACGACUAUUGGACAAAUAUUCCCAUGGACCCUAGCCCUGUCGCCCAGCCUGUUCGUGAUGGCAUCGCCGUGGAGGACGACAUGGCUCUCAGGGCACUCUUGCCUCAUAUACGCCCCAAGAGAGGCCGCAAGAGACCCGAUAGCGACAAUGCCGGGAAUGGCCCAAAUCAGCGGCAGCGCACAUCGCCAGGCGCCACAACCGACGAGUAUGUGCCCCAGUCCGCAUGGCCCUUGGAGAACACGCCGCUUAGCGCAUGGCCGCCGCAUGAAACUAUACAAACGCCAUUGACACGCUGGCCUGCUUCGGCCGUCACGCCUUCCGUACGAGAUGCUUUCUGGGGCGACGAACCCCGUUCUGCUGUAACGCCGAGCAAGGCUAAAGGCCCUCAUCAGCGCCGUGGAGCAAAGAACGUCUCGUCAGCAUGGAAGUUGGGCGGCGAAGAUAAGCCCAAGAAGACCAGGGGACGGCCUCCGAUCAACCGCACUCCAGUUGAUACCCCGACAACAGCCGCGACGGCGUGGCCACAUAAACCAAAUCCACUGCAGUCCCAGGACAAGUCUGAUACAAAUGGCUACAUGGAAAGCGAAAUGUCGCGAAAUAGCUCCGUGGCCGGCGAGCAAGUACAUCCAGCGGUUACAAUGCAGGAUAUGUCGCAACCACAGAUGACAUUUGACCACUCACAGCAAACACCUUAUUCUUCACAUAAUAUCCCACAGAACCAGCAAGAUGGCUCCCGACCAGCUCGUCCAAGCAUCUCUCUGCAAGUUCCACAGAGGCCCAGUGGCUCAGUGCGUCUAGCAACGCCGCCGCCGCCGCCGCAACAAGCGCAGCAGGCGCCGGGAAUCCAUGCCCAGCAAAUGUCGUUUCCGCCAUAUGGAGCCCCAGACCCUCUACCUACCUACGACAACAUGCACGCGCCGCCACCGGGCCAACCGUACGCGGAGGACCGGAGCGGCGACGGCAAGUCGCAGAAGUGGGAGCCCAUCAAUGCGGCCGCCGAUGCCUACACGGCGACGAGCGACCUGCCCGGCGGCAGCCUCCCAGAGUACUAUUUUGAGACCAUGGCGGACCGCACCAACAUUGACGCGCUCAUGGCGUACUUUAUCCGCAUGACGCACGAGUCGGACUGGUACGACGGGGACGGCAAGCCGACCGAGGCCGCGUCCAUGGAGGAGGCGUCGGCCAUAAUCAACGCGACGCUCGAAAACAUGUACAAGACAGCCGCGUCCUCGCAGGCGUUCCUGAUCAACCUGGCCGCGCUGGCCGGCGCGCGCAUGCUCAUGACGAACGUGACGCGGUGCAUCCGCAUGGGCGAAAAGGGGGAUCACACGGCGUACAAGUGCGAGUGGGAGUACCAGUUUGGCCACCUGCACGGGUACUUUAACAUGGCCGCCUCUGUCCCGUUUAGCAUGUGGCGGGCCAAGAAGACGGCGGGCGACGACGGCGGGAAGGGAAGCCGCGCAGGUAGCGGUGCGAGUGGUGGUGGUGGCUCGCGAGACAAGGACGACGACGAACCGGACUCGUCGAACCCGCGACUGCAGGCCGAGCACUGGCAGAACAAGUACAAGUCGCUGCUGGGGCAGGUGGACAAGAUGGACAAGGAGCUGUUUGACCUGCGGAACAAGGUGAUUGAUUCGCUCAAGGUGGAUCGGGGAGGAGGCACUGAUGCAGCAACGUAA